CUUACCUUACCUGCCUCCUAGCAACCUACCUAGCAACGCGCGCCCCCCAGCUGCAUUUCCGCACGGCGAACCGUAAGGCAGGGCGGUCCGUUCUUCGUCAACGUGUUUUAGAGAGAAGCUGUUCUGUCUGCCUGUUUCUGCUGCUCUCCCCGCCCUCUCUCUCUCGCCGGCUCCCGCUUCCUAUCCCGCUCCCAUGGGAAGAUGCUCGCCUGAUGUCGUGUAUUCACCUACACGCACACGCACACGCACACAUACCCGCAAUCCUCUCGUUCCUCUCUCUCUCUCUCCUUUUUCUCGUGCUUCUCCUCCGCCUCCGCCUGCCUGGUCCAAAUGGGAGGGGGUGGUGUGUAUGCAAAAAAGGGGAUCGAACCCUCCUGGCGUCCAGACAUCCAGCUCCCGUCCACACGCCCAAGAAAACCCACAAGACGCACAGGCUUUGGUCCCAUACCCUUCUUCAGCUGCACGCUACUCGUCUGGAUACUGCAUACCUAUCUCCAUACAUUGUACUUACUUGCUUGUCUUCGCCCGAGUCUAAUUGGGGUCUCCACUCCAACCUGCCGGCUCUUCUGACCUUAUUUUGCUAUCCCACGUAUUAUUGCUUGACCUUCAUCUAAUAAUACAUCGUGGACCCAGUACCUUCAGGUCGACUAGACUCAUAGCUAUUCUGGAUUCACGUCUUGCCUUGCGUAGAAAAAG